AUGGCUAAUAUCCUACUAGCUUCGCGUGGUAGCCAACCUCCGCCUACCGUUGUACGAUACGACUACCAGCGCGCAUUAAACGAAGACCCAAAAGCCCUACGAGCCUGGUUUGCGACCGUACAAAGCGUGAUUGACGAGAACGGGAUACAACCGGAGGAUAUCUACAACUUUGAUGAGACAGGCUUUGCAAUGGGCCUUAUAUCUUCGCAGAAGGUAGUAACGCGAGCGGAAUUCUACGGUCGAAGACGUCUCCUACAGCCAGGAAAUCGCGAAUGGGUUACUGCAAUCGAAGCAAUUUGCGCAGAUGGCUAUUCGCUACCGCCAUGUAUAAUCUUCAAAGGCAAAGUGGCUAUGGCGGAUUGGUUCAAAAAUCUACCACAAGACUGGCGAUUCGAGGUCUCUGAUAAUGGCUAG